CUACGCCCAGAUGGAGGGAUCCCUUAGCCGAGGAUGGACUCACCUACUACCCUCACACUCGGACAUUAACUCACUGAACCCCACAAAAUCUCUGACCCCUGGUGCCCGCCAAGGUUAGAGAUUGCGGCGGGCGUGGAGGGACAGGGGUCCAGUCCAUCCCGGCCUCUGACUACCCCUCUCCCUUGUCCCCAGCGUCAUGGGAGAGUGGGCGUUCCUAGGCUCCCUGCUGGACGCCGUGCAGCUGCAGUCGCCGCUCGUGGGUCGCCUCUGGCUGGUGAUCAUGCUGAUCUUCCGCAUCCUGGUGCUGGCCACGGUGGGAGGUGCCGUGUUCGAGGACGAGCAGGAGGAGUUCGUGUGUAACACGCUGCAGCCGGGCUGCCGCCAGACCUGCUACGACCGCGCCUUCCCGGUGUCCCACUACCGCUUCUGGCUCUUCCACAUCUUGCUGUUGUCGGCGCCGCCGGUGCUGUUCGUCAUCUACUCCAUGCACCAGGCCAGCAAGGAGGCGGGCGGUGCGCAGCCGGCCCCGCCGUGCACGCGCGGGCGCCCCGAGGCCCCGUGCGCCCCGUGCUCCCUGCGCGCCCGCCGCGCGCGCCGCUGCUACCUGCUGAGCGUGGCUCUGCGCCUGCUCGCCGAGCUGGCCUUCCUGGGGGGCCAGGCGCUGCUCUACGGCUUCCGCGUGGCCCCGCACUACGCGUGCGCCGGCCCGCCUUGCCCGCACACCGUCGACUGCUUCGUGAGCCGGCCCACCGAGAAGACGGUCUUCGUGGUCUUCUACUUCGCCGUCGGGCUGCUCUCGGCGCUGCUCAGCGUGGCCGAGCUGGGCCACCUGCUCUGGAAGGGUCGCCAGCGCGCCAAGCUGCUCCCGCCCCCGCCGCCGCCCGCUCCGCCCUCGCAGCGAGCCGACCCCGACCCCUUCGGGCCGCCCGCUUACGCUCACCGCGCGCCGGCCGGCGACAGCGAGGGCGAGGGCGGCAGCGGUCACAGCAAGGCGUCGCUGGCCACCGUGCGUCAGGACCUGGCCAUCUAGCGGCGAGGCCCCGGGCCGAACCUUCAGCACCGAGGGGGGUCGGUGGAGGCAGAAGCGAGAAGUGGCUUCCGCGAGACUGCGUAGGACCCUGCCUGAGCUGAAGAUGAGCAGAGGGGACCACACCCCCCACACCCCCCACAGCAGAAGAUGAGGGACCGCCGGGGUUCGGGUCGGGGUGGCGUCGCACUUCCUAGUGCUGGUUGCCGCAGCGAGCUGGGGGUGCUUUGCAUCAGGGGGGCUCCUCUGUGCUGUGUUCCCAGCCGGAAAGGGAGGAUGCCAGGAGCCUUGAGAGGAAGCGAAUGGGCCAAGGGCAGUGGGUGACCUGAUUGUUGUAUCGGGGGGUGAAAUCAGCAGGGAUGGCAGCAUUCCCAGGUCCCCUGCUUGUUCAGAGAAGCUCACUUCUCUGUGCACACAUACAUGCACACCUGGAUACACUGAGAUGGGUUGGUUGCUUGUGCACAUUAAACCCCUGUGGGCUGUGUGUGUGCUGCAUGUGUACCCCCCCUCGGAGGGGUCCACACAUGCCUGUGCACACAAGCGUACGCCUUCCAAGUAACAGGAGGUACAGACCUGUGUUCGUGCAUGUGUGCACAGACAUGCCCACGGAUGUCCUGGGGGGCUCUGUGCGCGUGCAUGGAUGCAUGCCUCCUGCGUAAGCUCUGUGUACACACCUGUACACACACAUUCUGUGUGUGCACCUGCUAACACUGUCGUUCACUACCAGAACCCAAUGCUAGUGGUAGCCAUAAUGGCUUCCUCCCUACUGACCUAACCCUGCCGCCUGUGAGGGCAUCAGUGUUCCCCCACAGGAACGGGGUGGGAGCAGAGUGGGAAGAUAAAGACAGGCAGUGGUGGUCUUUCGGCUUCCAUCUUCACUCUUCCCACCCGCGGCCACCAUAGUCUGUAAACAAACAUGGCUGAGGCCUUUCCAUCCUUAGGGAAAGCUGCCCCAGAGACAGAUAGGUCCCUAGGUCCCCUUACAACUAGCCAUUCUUCUAGCACAGACUUUGAAAGAGUUGCCACAUGGCUACUUCACCCCCCUCCUUUUUUCUUAAAUAUUCUAUUUAAUUUUAUUUUAUGUGCACUGGUGUGCGGGUGCUGGAUCCCCUGGAACUGGAGUUCCAGACAGCUGUGAGCUGCCAUGUGGGGGCUGGGACUUGAACCCGGGUCCUCUGGAAGAGCAGCCAGUGCUCUAAACUGCUGAGCCGUCUCUCCAGCCCAUACUUCAUCCCUCUCUGUCCUUACCUCACCCGCCUUCCUCCUUCAUCGCCUGGGUGGCCACUCUUAAUUCACCAGGACCAAGGGAUCGAUCCUGACCCAGCACCUCAGGCUCUGUCAGAUCUGUUGCCCAGGCCCUGCCUUCAGCCACCACACCCCAAGUUGCCUUCCCUCUGUCCAUGUACCCAUCCCCCUCCUGAGGGCUUUCUACCAAGCCUUACUUAGCCCUUGAGAGGUCCCUGUCCUUGGGGUGCAACCAGCCCUUCCCCCAGGCUUCCUGCUCUGCCUUGGCUAGGCCUCCACCACCGCCAUCUGUCACGCCAGGCUGAAGUUUCUGCCCCAAACAAACACCAUGCCCACUUCUGAUGCCAGUUUUAGACAUGCCCUCGGGUACAGUCCUCGCUCUCUGAAGCCCUGACCCCCGCUGCCUGCCUUUGCCUUUGGUCUCACUGGAAGAAAACAAGCGCCCCCCAGCAGGGGCUUUCCGUGCCCUAAGCUGGAGUCAGGCACCCCAUACCCCACCCUUCUGCUGGAUGGUUGCACUGUCUCCUGGGCAUGGCAUAUAGUAGAUAUUUGGGGGGAGAAAAGAGAGGGUUCUCAAGGCCCACACCAUCACCACGCUCAUGUCUACGCUCCCGGUGGACAUGCCUGGCUACAGCCUGGACCCCUCCACACAAGCAUGUGGGUGUCCAGCCGUUUUCCAAAGAUAAGUCACUCAAUGCUGGUUCAAGGUCAGCAUCGUUCAGUACAAUUGUACAUGAAGCACAAUGUAAUUUUUUUUGUUUGGUUUUGGUUCUCAAGACAGAUUCUCUCUUCAUAGGCCAGGCUGUCCUGGAACUCACGAAGAUCUGCCUGCCUCUGCUGGGAUGAAAGGCCUGUGCCACUGCGUCCAAUUUACAGUGUAAUUCACAUUUUCCUUUAGCCAUUAAAAAAAGGGAAAGGAAGCAGCUGAGACCUGAUGUCGGUAGUCGUUUCUUUUACCCCAAACCGCUCCGUUUCCACGCGUCGUCAGUGUUCAGAAGCAUCACAGAGAGGUGUCCCAUUCUUCCUCUCACACAGAUCCUGUGUGAACUUCACACGCUCA